CCCUCCCUACUUCCCUUUGUUUAUUAUUAUUAUUUAUCUCUUUACUUUCCCCCCGUAAAAACCUCUCUGGUUUUACGCUGCUUGCCUCUGAAACCGCUUAUAUCUCUUCUCAUUGUAACCCAACGUCAUUUGUUUCUUUUCUUCUUUCUUUCAUGUUGCUCUCUCACUCUAAUCUAACUUAACCUCUUUUCACUUCUCGCUCUCUUGCAUGCAUUGUGCCUUCUUCUUCUUCUUCUUCUUUCUUCACUGCCUUUAAACUUCAAAGAUAAUAAUGACACAUAAUAGUUAACUCAUUAACCACCGAAGCUUCGUGAUUAUCGCAUAGUGUUUGCUGUUUUGAAUAAGUAACGUAUUUUUUUUUUUUUUCAAAGAUUUUGGAGAGAGGAAAACUAAGCAAGACUGUGUAUGCAAGUAUAUAUACGUAUAUAUAUAUAUAUAAAUAUUAUAUAUAUACUUGAUGGCUCCGGUGACUGACUGGCUUUCGUUUUCACUUUCUCCAAUGGAGAUGUUGAGGUCAUCAUCAUCUGACUCGCAGUUUUUAAACUAUGACGGUUCUUCACCUGCGCCUCACUACUUCAUCGAUAACUUCUAUCCUAAUGGGUGGGCAACCCCCAAAUCUCAAGUGUUAUUUUCUGAGAGUAAUAACGGUGAAGUUAAAGAAUUUGUACCAACAGGCAUGGUGGAUUCAACUCUUUUACCAACCUAUAAUAUCCACCCGCAAUCCCACACUCACCCAGUACCAAAACUGGAGGACUUUCUUGGCGAUUCUUCGUCAAUAGUUCACAGCCAAACUGAAACCCAGGACUCGUCCUUGACUCACAUCUACGAUCAUAGCUCGGCCUCUGCUUUUUUCAACGAUCAUCAAGAUCUCAAAGUAAUUACUGGGUUUCAAGCCUUUUCGGCUAACUCGGGAUCAGAAGUUGAUGACUCAACUUCUAUGGGUAGAACCACGACUCAGCUUGCUGGUGCCCAGUUCAUGACUCACUCUAUUGAGUCCGCUGGGAGCGAGUUGGGCUUCAGUAAUUGUCCUUCUAAUGGCGGUUUAUCCCUCGGGGUUGAAAGUAAUAAUAAAAAUAAUAGUACUAAAACCAAUAUCAAGAACUGCUCCAAUGAGAAAGCGGUUGUUUCGAUUGAUUCUGAUUCAACCAGAAAGGUAGCUGAUACUUUUGGUCAAAGGACUUCGAUUUACAGAGGAGUCACUCGGCACAGGUGGACUGGCAGAUACGAAGCGCAUCUUUGGGAUAACAGCUGUAGAAGAGAAGGUCAGGCGAGAAAAGGGCGUCAAGUGUACCUGGGUGGAUAUGACAUGGAAGAUAAGGCAGCCAGGGCAUAUGAUUUGGCAGCUCUGAAAUAUUGGGGUCCUACAGCAACCACCAACUUUCCCGUAUCAAAUUACGUGAAAGAGUUGGAGGAGAUGAAAAAUGUGACCAAGCAGGAAUUCAUUGCCUCUUUAAGGAGGAAGAGCAGCGGUUUUUCUAGGGGAGCCUCCAUAUACAGGGGUGUUACAAGGCACCAUCAGCAGGGUCGUUGGCAAGCAAGGAUUGGCCGUGUUGCUGGCAACAAAGACUUGUACCUUGGGACAUUUGCUACUGAAGAGGAGGCAGCAGAAGCAUAUGAUAUAGCAGCUAUCAAGUUUCGUGGAGCAAAUGCUGUGACCAAUUUUGAGAUGAGCCGAUAUGAUAUUGAUGCUAUUGUGCAGAGUACUCUUCCGAUUGGUAGUUCUUCCAAGCGCACGAAGCUCUCACUUGAAACUGAGCACAAACCAACUCGGAACCAAAAUCUGCAACUGCAGUGUAGCAGCAGCAUAAACGUUGCUCCUCUUCAUCCAGCUAAUCCAAUCCCUUGUGGAAUCCCUUUUGAUUCACUUUAUCAGCAAAACUUCUGCCAAAACUUCCAAACUGCCCACUUCGGCACAGUGAGCUCUCAUAGCUCAGCCACACCCCUGGCAACCCCAAUAGCCUUCUUGUCCCAACCAUCUGAGAUCUAUUUCUGGUCUAACCCCCAAUCUUAUUAAGAAGUUUUAACUCCACCAUAGAUGGAAUUCAGCUAACAAUAGCAGCAGUUUUUUUAAUCCUUCAAGCUGACUGGUGCACUCUGUCUCACCCCAUAUCUAGCUCGUAACCUUUUGAAGUAGUAGUAGGAAAGAGGGUAGGGUUUAUUUGAUGCCAUGGUUGUAGUAACGCAAGUAGGAAGUUGGCUUCUGUAAUCUUGUUACUUAUCGUCUUUUUGAACAGGCAUCGAUUUAGCUGCUAUGAAAAUUAUGAGUACUUUCUUAGAUCCU